AUGAGGAGAAGAGAUCUUGUAUUUUUGCUUUUUGGAUGUUCUAUUAUUUGGUGUUUUAUUUUUGAAAUAUUUAUUUUACGUUCUAUAAGUAGUGAAUUUUUUAACUCUGUACAAAAUAGUGAAACGCCUUCUUAUUUAAAAAGUCUAUUUGACAAAGCUCCAAUUUUAGGAGAAAGACUUUUUCUCAUUGAUAAACGAAUGCUUAAAUUUUAUUUAGAUCUUAACUCAUAUAACAGCAGCACUCGAGAAGAUGAUUGCUUUUUUUGCCACGUUCAAAAAAAUAAACCUGUAACUUUUGCUUUAUUAUGUCCAACUAAUGCAUCUGUGGAACAUAUUUUGCUUCCUAUUUUAAGAGCAUGGGAAGUUGGUUUUUGGGUAGAAAAUAUAAUCAGUUCAGUGCCAAAAAAAUUUUCUUUACAUCAUGCUAAUUUGCCAUUGGGAUUUAUUCUUCAAAAAAAUGAAGGAUCUGUCAUUGUUGAAAUUGUUCUUCUUCACGAAAGAGAGGGUGAUUUCUGGUGGCAUGGCUCAUUUUAUCAAGAUCCUCAGUAUAAUUCGAAACUUUUUAAUCUUGGAAUAACCAAGGUUAAAAAUGAUCUUGUUUUGGGUAAAGAAGGAGCAUUGGAUAAAUUUCAAUUUAAAUCUGUGAAUGUACCCAAAAAUAUACCUUUGUUUUUAAAAGAAUCAACUUAUUUUAUAGAAUGCAAUUAUGAAUUAGCAGACAAAUUUUUUCGUACUUAUGGCAAAGAUACAACUCCGAGAGCCAUAAGAUUUACUCAUAAAGUUCGUAAAAUUUUAUCAACAGCAAAAACUGUACUUGAUAAUUUACAAAUUCCUUUUUGGAUAAGCAGUGGAACAUUGUUGGGUUAUUUUAGGCAAUGUGAUGUAAUUCCUUAUGCUGGUGAUGUUGAUAUUGGAGUAUUCAUUAAAGAUUAUCAAGAGGAUUUGAUUCCAAGCUUUGAAGCUGCUCAUAUGAAACUAAAACAUCGAUUUGGUCGAUUAGAUGAAGGUUUUGAAUUGUCUUUCAUUCUCAAUGAAAUUAAAUUAGAUAUUUUCUUUUUCUACGAUGAUGGUCAAUAUUAUUGGAAUGGAGGACAUGAAGUGAGAAUUCCUUGUAAGACUGAAGAAUACAUAAAAGCCAAUUAUGGUCCAGAUUGGUUUGUACCUGUUCCUAAAUGGAGUUGGGUUGAUAGUCCUUUUAACGUACAAAAAAUGGGUGAAUGGAAAAGUGAGGAAAUAAAUGACUACUUUUUUAAAUUGUUAAAUUAUUUAAAUUUUAACUUGGAAAGGAUUUCAAAUAAAGUAAAUAAAGUUAUGCUCAUAUAUUGCAAUAGUCAAGAAUGUGCUGUUUACAUUUAUAUACGUUAA